AUGGAAGUAACUACACAAGAAGUGGAUGAGUGGAUCGCAAGCAAUGAUGAAGAAUCCAAGAUUAAUGAUGAAGAGAUUAUCAAUGAACUAGCCACAGAAGAAACAGCGGACGAAGAUGAGGUGCCUGUUGAAACACACAAUUUUCAAAUGAAUACUGCUGCAGCGGUAAAUUUCUUUCGACAUCUUCUUUUCCUCUUACUUAUCCUGAAAAUUGUAGGAGUCUUUGCGACUGCAAUUACAGAAGUCGACUGUCAGGGUAAAUUCUCAUCUGCAAUUAUUUUAGUUGCGUUUUUAGAAAAUUUACGCGACCCUAUCGCCAUAGGCAUAGAUUCGCUGCAAAUGUUGCCAGUGGUGACAGUCUUCAUGUCGGUUGUGACUUGCGGUCUAGGUUUUGCCGGCGCUGUAUGUUUUAACUCUCGCCCUUUGCUCGUUUUUGUGACAGGUAUGAAUUGUUUUUUUAUUAUGCUCUUGGAGUUAACUGGUGCAUGGAUUCUGGUACCGGUUAUUAACAGCCUUGAAAAAAUAGUAAUUCAAGAAAUGAAACAAUUGUUUGAGCAGGUCAAUGCAAUGAAUUCUGAGUACAAGAGCUUGCUUUCCUUCUCAGAAAACAAAAUAUUGGAAACAUUGGGGGAGACUACUUACAGCUAUCGGUUGCCUCUUGCUUAUGGAUGGGUACGUUUUGCAAAUGGCAGUGAAUUCUUAAAGGCAGAGGUAGAUUACAUUCAAACGCAGUUGGGAUGUUGCGGAUUCACGGGACGCCAAUUUUGGAAAAUACGAAUUCCUGAGAGUUGUUGUCCAGAAAAGUACCCAGGUGAUAACUGUACGUUGGAUGUAGCGUACACUCCUACUUGCCAAUUUAAGUUUAACGUUUUCUCGUCUUGUUUGUCAACUCUGCAAGUCGAAUUCUUGGUUGUUGCAGUACUAUCUUUUGUAACAGGUUGUGUUGCUAUGCGGCUGGUGCGUUAUAAACAGAAAUAUCCAGAUGGCAACUAUGCUUCCGAUGACAGUUCUUCGUCAUCAGAAGAGGACAAUGUUUUCGAUCUGCAGGAGACUUUUAAAUAA